AUGCCGCCGCGAUACUUCAAGAACGAUGCGCCGUUGGCACGGCGAGACCCUCGCCGCCAGCUCGAAGCCUCACUCACACGCCUCGUAACCGACCACCCUCCAGCCUCUGUCAAGCCCGGCGGCGGCCUAUUCAAAGGUCCCGUCUCAGUCGCCUACGUUUUCCUCGUCCUACAACAAAUGUACCCAGACAUGGUCAUCGAAGGCCACGCCCUAGGAACAUGGAGUGCAGCCUACCUGAAGCAUGCCCAAGACAACAUAACCUCGUACCCGGGACCUAGCGUAGGGAAAUGCGGCAUCACCGACGACAUUCUCUCCCUCCUCGCCAUCGGCGCAGCUUCAAGCAAAGACGUAGACAUGGUCAACAACCUCUGCGAUUACUCGGCAGAAGUCCUCGAAGAAGGCACAGAGAAUGAACUAUUAUACGGAAGAGCAGGCUACCUCUACUUGCUCCGCAUGGUAAAAGCAAGUUUCAUGGACGACCCCAAGACCCUCCAGAUCAUAACCGACAACCAAGACGACGUGGUGGAAGCUAUCCUCGACUCCCCACGACCCUGGAAAUGGAGAGGGAAGACUUACAUCGGAGCCGUACACGGCGCCAUGGGAAUCAUAACCCAAAUCGUCCUCACAGAUCCCAAAAAAUACGCCGAGAAACUCGAAGCCGAACUCGCCGUCUUACUCACAUACCAAUACCCCGAAUCCGGAAAUUUCCCCUCCAGCGUGCCUCCCGAACGCGACCGUCUCGUUCAAAUCUGUCACGGAGCACCAGGCGUCGUAGCUUCUUUGGAGUCGAUCAAAGAAUUCUUCUCCCCAGCCCUCCAAGAUCGCAUCACCAAAGCCAUUACCAAAGGUCGAGAAUGUAUAUUAGAGAGAGGGUUACUGACGAAAGAACCUUGUUUAUGUCAUGGAAUUUCUGGGAAUGCGCUGGCGUUAGAGGAUAAGGAGUUUGAACACUUUCUGACGUAUACGACUGGUCAUGAGAUGAAGAGUAUGGAGAAGGAUGGAAUGCUGGAGAAGAGUUCUGCACCGGAGAGUCUGUGGUUUGGAGAGGCGGGACGGGCGUGGACUUGGGCUGUUGCGGAUCGCGGGUUGCCGAAGAGGGUUUUGGGGUAUAAUGAUCUUUGA